AUGUCGGAACAUGAUGAUACAUUGUUGGAUGAAGAUCUCGGAGAUGAUGAAUAUGAUCUAGGCAAUGAUGAAGAAGAGGCUCUUUUAGCAGAUGACUAUGAAUUGGAGAGGCAGAAUAGCUAUAAGGGAGAAGAGGAAACAGAUGAUGUACUGGACUUAGGAGUAACCGACGCACUCGACGACUUAGAUGGUGAAGAUGAAAACAUAGAAUUUAGUAGAAGCAAAACUGAUAGAAGAAACGAUAAUGAUUAUUAUGACGAUGGAGACCAACUAGAGGUUCAGUCAAAAUAUUACGAACAAGAGAAAAUUAAUGAAUAUAAAAGCGAGCAAACGCGACAACACGAUGAACGUAAUUCUGCAAUCGAUAGUAUUAAUAUGUCGAGUAAUAUUGAAAAGGGAGAUCUACGAGAGAAGCUACAAAAAAAUGCAAAGAUUUAUUCUGGAAAUGGACAAGGAUUGGAAGACGAUGAAUGCGAAGAAGCUAAAGAAAGAAGAAACAGGUUUCAAAAUGAGAGAACUACUGUUUCUUCAAAAAUGAAUAAUCAUAUACCAGAUACCUUAGAAAAUGUGGUAACAUCUGAACCAUCCAAGUUAGCGUCUAGAGGCCGUGGAAGAGGUCGAAGUACAAGAGGAAGUCGCGGAGGAAGAUUUAAUGUACAAAAUUCGGGAAAUUUUAAUCCAAGGUUUGGUAAUGCACGCAAUGCAAAUUUCGAUAAUCAACCACCACCGACGUGCAGACCACCUUUGCUUGAGACACGACCACCCUUUCUUCUCGGAGUACCAAACAAUAUGCAAAAUCAACAAAUUAUUUAUCAACAACAAAAUUCUCAAGUACAACCUUUUCAACAUUAUUCUCCGAAUGGUUCGCUCCAAGGUCCAUCGCAUUUUGUAGAUAAUAGACCGCAAUUCAAUCCUAACCAAUUUCAAAGUCAAGUAGGUCCUAGAAUAAUUGGACCAAGAUUAGAUUAUGGAUCUCGAGCAGGUUUACCAGGAUCGUUACAAGGACCACCUUACAACCAUCCAUCGAAUCAACCACCGUAUGUUCAAAUUCAACCAGCACCAAGUGCAGCUACAACACCUUUUCAAAGUUCAGCUACUCUUAUGCAAGAUAAUCAAACACGGCUUAUACAAAACAAUCAAGCUCCAUUGUUGCAAGGAAAUACCGGAUCACUCCUUGGAAAUCUCAGUUCAGUGGUAUCUGGAACUUCAGCACCAUUGUUACAGAGUAACCAACCAUUACCUAUGCAAGGAUUUCCACGACAAGCUUCUUCUCAGGGGCCACUUAUCAAUCAUCCUAAUGUCAAUCAAAUACCAAAUCAAUCGCUCUUCGAGAAUAGACCACCUUUUCAAGAAGCAGCUCAAUUUGAAAACCGACCUGUUUAUGAUUCGAGGUCCGGCUAUUCCGAUCAAGUACCUACUAGUCAAUUUAAUACUAAUACGUUACCUGUACCACAACAAUCCACUUCCAAUGUACCCAAUGUACCUUUACCUCCAGGGCACAAGAUUUUAAUCAAUCCUCACUUUCGAGGAGCCGUUCAGUCAACGAAUGAUGCAAGACUUGCAUGGGAUUCCACUCAACAACAAACUCCCAAUUUGUCAUCUCAAAUUCCUACUGGUCAGUUUUCACAACCCGUUAUUCCUUAUCAAAGUCAAAGUUCAUAUAAUCAAACUCAACAAGGACCUCCACAUUAUCAACAAAAUUAUCAACAAAAUAAGAGUGAUGAUCCCUAUGCAUACUUUUCUGAUGUAUGGCAAGAAAAUAAGUCACAAAAGAAUCAAACUGGAACUCCAAAUAAACAGUAUCCUUUAGAAAAUAAUUAUCUACGAGAUGGUAAUUAUGAAUCCAGUUUAAAAUAUAAAUCAGAUCAGUGGGAUCAGAAAAAUAAUUAUUCACAGGAUCACAGAGGAGUUCAUCAAAAUUAUCGCGAUAGAGAUUUGUCAUCAAAAACCAGAAAUGAUCACGUUUCGAAAAAUAGAACUUGCUCAACCACAUAUCGCGAAAAUUAUGAUCAAAAUCAUGUACAAAAGUCUAAUAAUAGACCAGUGAAUACUUCAAUAAGAAGUAGAUUACCGCAGAAAAGAGUUUCCGAUUCUAUAGAUAGACCUUUACGUGAUUUGAGCCCAAAACGAAUAAAACUUAGUAAUAGAAAUCUUCAAGAAGUGCGAACUGUAGAUACUUUAAACAAUACGAAUAAUGAUAAAAAGGACGAAGAAAAUGAUCCAGAAAUGCAAGAAUAUAGAAAAAAAAUGGAGGAACAAAAGCGGCUUAGAGAAAAAAUCCUGCGUGAAAAGGAAAAUCGACGAAAAAUGGCUGCAAUGGAGAAACAAAAUGAUGAAUCUAAAAACGAAAGUAAUACAUUAAAUGAAAAUGCACAAGAUACAAAACCUGUAUCAGCACUUCUGGGAGUAGUAAAAGAUACUUCUAUGAUCAAAGGACAUACUAAUGUUGGAAGAGGACGAAUAACUCGUCCUAUCAAUACACAAUCUACAGAGGUUCCCGAGAAGCCAUCGUGUGUACGAAUUGUUAGAACAAUACAAACUAUACAAUCCAAUGAUUCUAUAGAUUCUACAAAAGACAGUAAUUCUGGACAUAUAAUUAAUCAAGUAAAUGAACAUACAAAAGUAUUAAAUUCUCAAUCUGGAACUCGAAGAAUCGUAAUUCAAAAACCGUUAUCAAAUACGCAGAAGGUUGCCACAACUAUACAAAAAACGAUAUCGAAUUUGCAGAAAGGUCAACUACUGAUGCAAAACAAAAUAGUUAAUACUCAAUGUUCAACUCAAAGAAUUGGCCAAACUCAAACUGAUGUAUUAAGAAAAAUGGCUAUUGCUGGACAAAAAGUUGGUAGUUCACAGAGAAUUGUUAGGCAAAAAUCACCAGGAAAUCUCCAGAAAACUGUGAUUAAUAUACAAGAAGUAACAAAUACUAAUGCACAAAAGGUUGUCGUUAAUACUCAAAGUAACCAAAGAGUUGUACUUCAAAAAACACCAAUACCAAAAAAAUUACCAGAAAUAAAGACGAAUACUGUGAAAGUAGAAAAUUUAGCAGCAAGUACAUCUGAAGCACAAAUUAGACGUAUGUGUCAAGGCAUUGGAACAAUUGAGAGCAUACAAAUGGGUGAGCGCAGCGCAACGAUUGUGUUUAAGACGCAGUCUGCUGCUAUGGUGUUUCACAAGAAAUACCAGCGUAAAAUGCUAGACCUUUCGCUGAUAACUGUUCGCCUUGUACCGCAAUCGAACGGAACUAAGACCACGACUACACAGUUGUGAAAGUUUCUUAACAGAAAUAUUAAUCACAUCUAAUUUAGCGUAUUUCGAUAAAAAAAGGAAGAAAAAUAUAUAGUAUGUUCAUGUUCGUGAUUAAAAGUAACGACAUUUUAUUUUACUAAAGCAGCCUAUAUAUGAAUACAUGCAUUUCAAAUUUUACACAUAAUUUUCAUUUAAAAUAUAUAUUAUCUAAGAAGUAGCAAAAAAUAUUUUUGGCUGCAAAUAAACUGUAUUAUAUGCCUUUAUAAACAAAGGUA